CACUCCACAGCACCAAACUGUCUGCUCUAUGUAAUGACACGAGUCACACGGCCUGUUCUUUUCCUGUAACUAUCGCAGCAGCAGUCCCACCGCACAAAUGGCGUAGUGUAGUUAGCCAUAACGUUACAGAAGCUGUAGGUGGCAGUGUAGACGUUUGGGCCGAGUGUCUGAAUUACCGAAGAAGAAGAAGAACAACCUUCCGCUUCGUCUUAACAGGCGUUACAAAACAAGCUGAGCUCGCAGCCCCGGCUUUUCUAAUGCUUCGCAGCGAAUGGGGUUUGAUCAGUUCUGUAGCGUGGACAGGUCCGAUCCCCUGUGGGAUUGGAACCGUACAUGGUACACCGAUAAUCCCGACUUCACCCAGUGUUUCCAGAACACUGUCUUGGUGUGGCUGCCAUGCUUCUACCUUUGGAUAUGUGCACCCUUUUACCUCGUCUACCUCCAUACCCAUGACCAUGGAUAUAUAUGUAUGAAUCACCUCAACAAAGCCAAAACUGCUGUUGGCUUUUUACUUUGGAUUAUCUGCUGGUCAGAUGUCUUUUAUUCUUUCUGGGAAAGGAGUCAUGUGAGCAGCCCAGCACCUGUCCGCCUCGUCAGUCCGACCUUACUGGGCCUCACCAUGCUGUUGGCUGUCAUGUUAAUCCACUAUGAGCGGAUGAAGGGGGCUCAGUCAUCGGGGGUGAUGCUGAUCUACUGGCUGCUGGCACUGCUGUGUGCCACUGUCACCUUCAGGUCAAAGGUCUUCCAGGCCUUGGAGCAGCCUCAGACAGUGUGUGUGUGGAGGUACACCACCUUCUACAUCUACUAUGCUCUGCUGCUGAUUGCUCUGUUCCUGUCCAGCCUGACCGACCAGCCACCCCUCUUUUCCCGGGAAGUUAAAGACUCUAAUCCGUGCCCUGAGCCUGGAGCGUCUUUCCUCUCCAGAAUAACCUUCUGGUGGAUCACCAGAAUGAUGAUGAAAGGCUACAGGCGCCCACUGGAGGAGAAGGACCUGUGGUCUUUGAACGCUGAGGACUGCUCCCACACAGUCGUCCCACAGUUGGUCAAACGCUGGAACACACAGUGCCAAAAAUUUAAAAGGUCAGAGGAGAAAAUGCUGUACUCGUCCAAGCGAGUGCCCCACAGUGAAAACCCUCAGCGCCAAGCUGUGGAAGAGUCUGAGAUCUUGAUUCUGAGACCUCGAAAGAAAAAUAAAGAGCCCUCACUGCUGUGGGCCUUGUGCCUCACGUUUGGGCCCUACUUCUUCAUCUCCUGCAUCUAUAAAUUAAUCCAGGACAUCCUAAUGUUUGUCGGCCCUGAGAUCCUGCGACUGCUUAUCCAGUUUGUCAAUGACUCCAGCGCCCCCUCCUGGCAGGGCUACUUCUACGCUGCUCUGCUCUUCGUCUGCACCUCCGUGCAGUCACUCAUCCUGCAGAAGUACUUUCAUGUAUGCUUUGUGUCAGGCAUGCGCUUACGCACUGCAGUCAUUGGAGCCGUCUAUAGGAAGGCCUUGGUCAUCAGCAGCGCGGCACGGCGAACCUCUACAGUGGGAGAAAUCGUCAACCUGAUGUCAGUGGACGCGCAGCGCUUCAUGGAUCUCAUCACGUACAUCAACAUGAUAUGGUCUGCUCCUCUGCAGGUGGUCCUGGCCCUCUACUUUCUUUGGCAGAACCUGGGUCCGUCUGUGCUGGCUGGAGUGGCUGUGAUGGUCCUCAUGGUUCCUGUUAAUGCUGUAAUUGCAAUGAAAACCAAAGCUUACCAGGUGGCUCAGAUGAAGAGUAAAGACAAUCGCAUUAAGCUGAUGAAUGAGAUGCUGAAUGGCAUCAAAGUGCUGAAGCUGUAUGCCUGGGAGCUGGCCUUCAAAGGAAAGGUGUCAGACAUUCGUGAAAGUGAGCUGCGUGUCCUGAAAAAGGCUGCCUACCUGGGGGCGGUGUCCACCUUCACCUGGGUCUGUGCACCAUUCCUUGUGGCCCUAUCAACCUUCGCUGUGUACGUGCUGAUUGAUGAACGAAACGUGCUGGACGCCCAGAAGGCCUUUGUGUCGCUGGCGCUCUUCAACAUCCUGCGUUUUCCUCUCAACAUGCUGCCGAUGGUCAUCAGUAGCAUGGUGCAGGCCAGCGUGUCCCUGAAGCGACUCCGGGUGUUUCUGUCACACGAGGAGCUGCAGUUGGACAGCGUGGAGCACAAAGCAGCAGAAGGCUCCCAGCACAGCAUCUCUGUGACCGACGGGGCUUUCACCUGGUCCAGAACCGAAUCACCAACACUCAAGAGGAUUCCCCAGGGGGCGUGGCUUGUCAGGGGGGCGUGGUUGGGUCUGGGGACGGGACUGGGUGUGCCUGUGUCCCUGCAGGGUUCUGUGGCAUACGUUCCCCAGCAGGCCUGGAUCCAGAAUUCCUCUUUAAAAGACAACAUAAUCUUUGGUCAAGAGAGGAGACAGUCCUGGUAUCAGCAUGUGGUGGAGGCAUGUGCCCUUCAGCCUGACCUUGACAUACUUCCUGCAGGAGAUGACACUGAGAUAGGAGAGAAGGGAGUGAACCUGUCAGGAGGUCAGAAGCAGCGGGUGAGCCUGGCCAGGGCCGUCUACUGUGAUCGUGCCGUCUACCUGCUGGAUGACCCGCUGUCUGCUGUCGAUGCUCAUGUAGGGAAACACAUCUUUGAUCAAGUCAUCGGCCCACAGGGACUGCUGAAGGACAAGACUCGUGUGCUGGUCACCCACGGCUUGAGCUACCUGCCCCAAGCUGACUUGAUCCUGGUCAUGAUGAAGGGCGAGAUCUCAGAGGUGGGCUCGUACCAGCACCUCAUGGCCACAGAGGGAGCCUUUGCAGAGUUCCUGCGAACUUACGCUGCAGUCGACAAAGCUGAUAACAUUGAGCCCGUGCCAAACAGCAGCAUCCAACGACUGGAGAACGGCAGCGUGCCCACUCUUACUGGCAGUCCAGGUGUCUGCACUGCAUCCAAACAGUCAACCACAGCAGACGAGAAGCUGAGCAAGAAGCCCAAGAAUCCCGAGGUGGGGAAGCUGACGGAGGCUGACAAGGCCAGCACUGGGCAGGUUAAGCUGUCUGUCUUCUGGGCCUAUUUUAAGUCCAUUGGAGUGCUUCUGUCCUGCAUCAGUCUUCUGCUGUUUCUUGCCCAUCACCUGCUCUCCCUGUUCUCUAACUACUGGCUGAGUCUGUGGACCGAUGACCCUGUGGUUAAUGGCACGCAGCCUAACAGACUAAUGAGACUGGGGGUGUAUGGUGCCUUUGGCCUGUCUCAGGGUGUGGCUGUCUUUGGAUACUCCCUGUCCAUGUCUAUUGGGGGUGUUCUGGCGUCCCGGUACCUCCACCAGUCCAUGCUGUACGAUGUCCUGCGCUCACCUAUGUCCUUUUUUGAGCGAACCCCCAGUGGUAACCUGGUCAACCGCUUUGCCAAAGAGAUGGACACCAUUGACACGCUGAUCCCCAGCAUUAUUAAGAUGUUCCUGGGCUCCAUGUUCAACGUGCUGGGCUCUUGUGUUAUCAUCCUGAUUGCCACACCUCUAGUCAGUAUCAUCAUUCCUUUCCUGGGUCUGCUCUAUUUUUUUGUGCAGAGGUUUUAUGUGGCGUCAUCUCGCCAGCUGAAGCGUCUGGAGUCGGUCAGCCGUUCCCCAAUUUACACCCACUUCAAUGAAACCCUGCUGGGCACGUCGGUUAUCCGAGCCUUCAGUGAGCAGGAGCGUUUCAUCCAUGAGAGCGACCAGCGCGUGGACCAUAACCAGAAGGCUUACUAUCCCAGCAUAGUGGCUAACAGGUGGCUGGCGAUUCGCCUGGAGUUUGUGGGAAACUGCAUUGUGUCAUUUGCUGCUUUGUUUGCUGUCGUUGCCAGACAGAGCCUCAGCCCAGGCAUCAUGGGACUGUCCAUCUCCUACGCCCUCCAGCUAACUACCUCACUUACCUGGCUGGUUAGGAUGUCUUCUGAUGUGGAAACCAACAUCGUGGCUGUGGAGAAAGUGAAAGAAUACAGCGACACGGAGAAAGAGGCAGAGUGGAAACACGAGCCCUCCACCCUUUCCCCAGGCUGGCCUACUAAUGGCUGCAUAGAGAUGAGAAACUUUGGCCUGCGCUACCGCCAAGAUUUGGAUCUGGCCAUCCGCAACAUUACCAUCUCCAUUAACGGAGGAGAGAAGGUGGGGAUCGUGGGACGCACAGGUGCAGGGAAGUCUUCCCUAACGCUGGGGCUCUUCCGCAUCAUCGAGGCAGCCGAGGGCCAAAUAUUCAUUGAUGGAGUGGACAUUGCCAAGCUUGGCCUCCAUGAGCUUCGUUCCAGAAUCACCAUCAUACCACAGGACCCGGUGCUGUUUUCAGGCUCCUUGAGGAUGAACUUGGAUCCUUUUGACUCCUACACUGACGAGGAAGUAUGGCGGGCUUUGGAAUUCUCCCAUCUUAAGACCUUCGUGUCCAGCCUGCCCAACAAGCUUAACCACGACUGCAGUGAAGGAGGAGAGAACCUGAGCGUGGGUCAGCGGCAGCUGCUGUGCCUGGCCAGAGCUUUGCUGAGGAAGACCAGGAUCCUUGUUCUGGAUGAGGCCACGGCAGCUGUAGACAUGGAGACAGACAACCUGAUCCAGUCCACCAUCCGCUCUCAGUUUGAGGACUGCACUGUCCUCACCAUAGCGCAUCGCCUCAACACCAUCAUGGACUACACCAGGGUUUUGGUGUUGGAGAAUGGAAAGAUGGCAGAAUUUGACUCGCCCUCCAAUCUCAUCAGUCAGAGAGGCGCCUUUCACAAGAUGGCCAAGGAUUCUGGACUCGUCUGAAGCCGGGGAGUGUCACUAUGUUGGGCCUCCUGUCUCCUGCUGCAGAGAGCUGAUGUUUCCAAUGAGAGGGACACAGUCCUACGUGCCAAUGACCUUCUUUGCUUUGAAACCAGCAGCAGUUUUCAUUGCACAAGGAGGCUGGGCCUACUUGCAUAAAGAGAAUAUCACCACCAGCAGUUUGGGGUCUGUUUGUGUUGCCCUGACAAAGUUCAUACCACAUAUCAAGAUUACCACGUAAAUAUCAAAGCCCCCGCAUUUUUAUGAUGGGAUAAAGAAGCUCGAUCUGUGGGUCUGCCUCUUAUAUCCACACUGUCCACUGUUAAACUCCUCGACAACAUGCUUUCAUCAUCAUUAUUACAGUAGUAAACACGAGUCAUUCAUACAAGCAGUGAUUCUGGAGCUGAGGCACAGCUUGAUUGUACCUGUGCCUGCAUGCACACUACAAGAGGAAAAGAGUUUAAAUGUAAGGAAUCAGGAAUGUUCCAGUUUAACCUUUGUAACAGGGAAGGAUGUGGGACAUGCUGCGACCAAGCUGAUUGGUCAGAAUCAUACAUCAAUCACAGAGAAAAUACAGCUGCUGUUGAAGUCACUGGACUGUUACUUCUCAUUCAGCACUGACUAUUUAUUGUCUUUCAGUUACAGCUUUCCGUCGUGCUUUUGCUGAAUGUGUUGGAGGCUUUAUUCAUGUAAGAAAUGGUUCUAGAGCUUAUUUUAUUUUGAUUAUUAAAACAAAGACUGUUGCUCUGUCUUUGGUAUGCAGCCAAAUCUGUCCUGCGCUUUGCUUGCACUCUGUUUUCAGCGGUACGGCGCCUCUGAUGGACUCAGAAACAGGUCAACUAUGGGAUGUGGACAAACUGUUUGAAUCUACAUGUUGUGUAUCUUUGGAAAUGUAUAUACCUGCCUUACACAAAUAAAGUUAGACAAUGGCAACAAA